CUGAUGUGGUGUUGGCCACGUAGUUUUGGGUCUCUGCAACCUUUUGCUUCUGUUCUACCGGAGGAUGAUUAAGGGCGUAUUCGGUUUUCCGUAGGGAUGCAGAUUAGCCAUGAAGGACGAACAGGGGUAUAAAUGGGUCUAAGCUAAAUUGCUGUAUCAAGUACCAAUAGAGGUGGAUCAUUCAGAGGCUUUCUCGAUAUGAAUUCUGAUGGUGCGAAGUGAAUAACGAUAUAGUGCGGCAGUGAGCCAUUGGCGGAGGUCAAGGGUCACACUCGUAUGCGUCAGACACAUACUAUGCGACAGGAUUUAUACACCGUAGAUCUAAUCUAACGGUGUUUAUUAAUUGGAAUUAAAUUAUUUAACUUUUACAAUUUUUAAAUGAUUAGUUGGUCCUAUUACUUUUUUAUGCGUACCCUUUAACCCCUAAACAAACUUUUCAACAUAUUUUCGAAUUAUAGUACCAAAUUUUAUUCUAAUCAUGUCUCCAAUCCAUUAAGUUAUAUUUACUUACAAUUUUAGUUUGGUGAUUUAUUCCUUUUCCCACUCAUGUCAACGCUCAAACCCCCUUUCCAAUUGUUGUCUGUAGUGGCUGGCGAACCCUCUCCUCUCAUCCUGGCUCGAUUGAAGCAAUUGGAUUUUGCGCUUCCCAUCGAUGUUUAAUCCCUCUAUGGAUUAAGAGAGUGAUCUGUUCGAGGCAUGAUGGAUUGAAUCUUGUGCUCGAGAGGCGGAUGAGGAAGGAUCGGAGAAGUGAAGAGUGCAGACUCGAGAGGUGGGCCGAAGUGCGGAUCGCCGAUAGCUGUGGGUAGGUACGCUGCCGUUGAUGGCCAACGGAAAGUGUGAAUACCAACCGCAGCAGCCAGAGCGGACGAACGAGACUGAUGGCAUAAACUUUGAUAGGUAUGAAUAAUGGGCCUUACUUGAAAUUGCAGAAGUAGAAGUUGUACUAGGUCAAAUUUGUGUUUGAAAUUUGUCUUUGGAUGUUUAUGGGAUGUCUGAUUUCAUUGGUAGCAAUAACACAUUAAGAUUCGCUGUCUCCCUUUCCCCAUGUGCAGAUAGUAGAAGUUUCUGAACCCUUUUUUAUUGACUGGGUGAUUUCUCAGCAUUAUCACAUUUUGGGAUGAACUGGUCGUUCUUUUGACCUUGAGGUUAGUCCGUAAUUGCGGUGGAUGAUUUCUAGUGCAAGCCUCUAUCAGAUUCACCUUGAUCACUUAAAGCUGUACUAUGCAAUUGUUAAACGCACUGAAUUAAAUAUGAACAACCACGGUAGGGUAAUUUGCGAAACAUGUGAACUUGAAAAUAGUUGCUGGGGUAUGCAAGACUGGGAACCUUUGUGUUUCCUGUUGUUUGUGCAGGACUGGGAACCUUUGUCCAUGCAGAAGAGGCAAGCGACAUCAAUAGUUGAGUCAUUUAGGUAUUACACAUCUGCAGGCGCUGCUGUCUAUAAUUUUUCACAACCUGGAUUCCUCUCUGCGGAAACUGUUGAGUCAGUUAUGUAUUAUGCUACACCUGAUAGAACAGUCAAUUUGUUUUAGUAUGCUACUUGACCACUAACUGGACAGGAAAAGGAGUUGAAUUCUGCCAAUGUUGAUUAGACUACUUUCCCUUUGUAUCUUACAUAGUUUAAGUCAUAGUUGUUUUGCUCUCGUGUCGCAUUGGCAGUUCCGAGGAAUAAUCUAUAUCCCGCCCAUUCCUCCGUUAACUCGCUAUACAGAAUCUGUGAUAAUUUGUCGUCUUUCGAGGCUCAGAGCAUGGUUGACUUUUGUGAAAGAUUGGUGUUUGAAUGACUUUUUAACAAUUGGAACCGUUGAUGUGAAGAACUCACUCUUUGGAGAAUGCUUGAUAUCUCUAUAAUGAACCAUUAUUGAAAGAACUGCCUUCUGCUUCUCAAGAUUUAAAGAGAUAUUAGCAUACAUCAUUCAUCUAAUAAAACCUUUUCUUUACAAUUUCUAAUUAACCACUUACACAACUCUAAACAAUGUGAUGGCUUAAGUUGUUGCUAGCUUUCAAUCAAGUUUGAAUUAUUAUCCAUCUUGUAUGUAUUCUCUCAUUCUGCCUUCUUUUUGUAGAACUGACCUCCCUGGUGUCUUUCUUUUCGAAUGUCACUUGGCAGGUGCUAGAGUAAUCUUUUGGGAUCUCAGAGAGAGAUUCUUGUUUGGUUUUUACAAAUUGGUGAUGUUGGAUCUUCUCGCUUGGGAAAUUUCCUUCCUCAAGUAGAUAAUGUAAGACUGUCAACUUCAGUGGAGCCUCCUCUUUGUUUGUCUUGCUUGCUUCUCUUAGCUGAACUUGCAUAUAAUUUUCAGGUUCUUGAUUAGAUAUGCCGAUUGAUUGAUGAUAAAUUCAGAGACUCAGUGUUGUUAAGCGUUUGCCGAGCAUCGUUGGUAGGUCUUCAAAUUCUCUUUUGUACUUUGAAUUCGCAAACCUUCCAUUAUAGCUUGUAUAUAAUUUGUACACAUUAUCUUGCUACAGUAGGGAUAUGUUUGGGUGUUGCUUAACUGAGGCCCCUCUCGUGCAUUCUCUGAUUCAGAUGUUGUUAUGAUGGAAGAAGACUUCGAUAUCUUGAAGGUCUAUCAUUUCUUAUCUCUCUCUCUCUCUCUCUCUCUCUCCAAUGCAUAUGUGAUAUGUGUAAUUACGUCUGUGUUCGGUUCAUAAAUAGUGAUGGCCGAUAUUUUUUUUGGUCAAGAAAGAAACAAUACUAGGUUGGCUACUGAUAAAUUGAUUCUCAUUCUUCAGGUGUUCUUUAUAGCCAGUGGAGAUGGCCUCCCUCGUUCGCUGGUGGAGCCAAAAGCAGUAGAGGAAUAUGCUUGUAAAUAGGCUUGUCAUUGGUGGGGAUUUAAUCUGUACUCCUUGUUAAUAGGCUUGCUUUCCUUAGUUGGAUCAGUUUAGGUGUCAAUAGAGGAAUUCUUUUAUUGGACGUAAUGGUAUUAAUAAAUUAGGUUUGUUUGGCGGUCUAUAUAAAGGGGCGCCAAGCCUAGAGUUUACCUUGUAAAAAAUAAUUCCUGCCGUUUUCCCUGGUGACUUUAGCAAAAGUAAGGCUUUUCUUCUGUGUUGGCGGGGAGAUAAACUCAUUGCAAUGGAGAAAUCUCGGUACAGUGCAACAACUAAAAUAGCUCUUUCUUUUGGUCGUUUGUGUUGUUCCUUUCUUACAACCUUUUUCCUUUCAUGUAUGCGCUGUCUUUAUUCGCUCCUUAAGCCGCUUUGAUUUUUGUUUGUUUAUGACUUGAUGCUCCUUUAAUUCCCUACAAUUAUGUAAGUCCUUAGUUAUUUAUUGUUUUACGCGGGCAAAAUUUUUUGUUUAGCAUGUCGAGCCAUGAUACUAAGGAAGUUGUUGGAUCCAUAUCGACUACCUUUCGAGCCAUGGAGACGACGUUCACUGAGUUGUACGAUAAGAUUAAAUCUUUGACUGCAAUGAUAAUGAAAACUGAUACUGAAUUUCAAGUGCUAAAGAGGAUGUUGAAACACAUUCUUGAUCAAGCAUCUGUAAGUUCACCUCCCACUGAUGUUCCUGUCACGCCUACCGUAAAAAGAGUUUAUUAUAUUGAUUCAAACCCAGACUCAGAUCGCGAUGGCAAUGGUUCACACAAGAGGCAAAAAUAUGCGGUCAUGGAAGAUUUAAAUGAGUCGGUGAAGGUAUAUAUAAUUUAUUUAAACAAUUUGCACUUGUGUCAUUUUAAAGUGUUUAUGAUGUACCUAUGCAUUGUAAUUUUUGUUAAAUUCAAAUCGUAGAUGGAAUUUCCGGUGACUUGACUCACUUCUACUGUCACUCCAGGAAUUGGCCAAGUGAAACCACUUCCUAAAGCGUAGUAUAGCGGGUUUAGGUUUAAAUGUCAACCCGGGUCCUAGAUUUGAUGACCACUCAGUGAAUUCUUGUUAUCUAGCAAUGAAACUUUAAUGCAAGUCUAAACUAACAAACUAACAAAGCAAGUAAAUUGUUCUAUUCAAGUUAAGAGAGGUCACCCAGAUAUGGUUCCCCCUAGACUGCAGUUAAGCCGGAUUGUAAUUACCAAGUUCAGUUUCUAUGAUAGUUAUACUGCGGAAGGUUCUUAAACAGCCUGAAGUCUCUACUAAAGGUCUUCAGACCCUCUCAAUCUGAGUCUCUAGCGGGCGACUAACCUCCACCGGAGUAAACAGAUUGAGGCCCUAUGAACAAAACCUCCACCACCGGAGUAAAUCCGGUACAGAAUAGUGAGUUGGCUCUUCGACUAAAGUCACCAACUCCCUACCUUCAAUGAAGGAUGCUCUAUCAACCUAGGCAGAUAUUCUCAUUCUAGGUUAAAGCAGAAACAACAGGAAUUUGAUCAGGAUUCAUGCCAUUCAAUCAUUCAAACCUCAAUUGAAUAUAAUCAAAUCAUAGAAUCAGUACUUGGGUUCAUACAAUCUAACCUAACAUACAAAUCUAGGGUUCUCCAUACCCAGAUGAAUGGGAGAACUACUCCAUGGAGAAAGAAGCAAAAGCAGAAUCAGACGCGAAAUUCAUACUGUGAAGGAUGGAUUCCUGCUUCUGGACGUUGAUCGGCACUUCUCCAAGUUCAAACUGGCCUCCAAUGGUGUUGAAGAUCAAUCUAGGGCACUUGGAGACUCUUGUUCGUCGCUUUCUCUCUCUAGGAAUCGUUCUCUCUCUCAAAAACCCGAAUCCCCUCGACUUGUGGCUGAAAAUAUGCUUAAAAGCAGAAAAUCCCGACUCACACGGCCAGGGUGGCACGGCCGUGUGGCUUACCCAGUUGCCCGUGUGAGUCAAAACGCUGCGUUCCAAUUAGUUCGAUCUUCAGGCUUCUCACACGGCCAGGGUCGCACGGCCGUGUGAGAUUUCCAUCUGCCCGUGUUUGCUCUCGGCGAAACUCGCACGGCCAAACCUCUCCUUCACACGGCUGUGUGAACAUCAGGGCAAGCCGUGUUUGCUCUCGCACAAUCUCACACGGCCAAAGUGGUCACUUGCACGGCCGUGUGAGUUGUGGGUGUGCCCGUGUGACCUCCUUUGUGACUCGUCUCGCACCCGAUCUUCGCCCAAUCGACCCCGAACUCGCUCCUAAACCUUCAUUCACUUGCCAGGACCUGAAAUAUCACAAACAAGAACAACCUAGCGUGAAAUCGGUCUAAAACACGAGAAACCACAUCUCAAACGGUGUAAGAACAGGGGUGAAAACAUGUGUAAUUAACGGUCUAUCAUGACUGCAUCUGGAAGUUCAGCUCCCACUGUUGUUCCUUUCACACCUAGCGUAAACAGACUUAUUUAUAUAGAUUCCGACUCAGACGUAGAUGGCGAUGAUUCACACAAGAGGCCAAAAAAUGCGGCUGUGGAAUAUGUAAAUGUAUCGGGGAAGGUAUAUAGAAUUUAUUUAAAGAAAUUACACCUGUGCGAUUUUAAAAUGUUUAUGAUGUACCUAUGUAUUGUAAGUUUUGGUAAAUUCAAAUCGUAGGUGGAAUUUCCGGUGACUGCAAUAAUGGCGUUAGAUAAUGAUGAGGAUCGUUCCAUUGCGUGUUUCAUCUUUGGUGAUGGUCUAUAAGAGUAUAAAUGGCUUGUUGAGAAUUUUGGCCUUAGUUUAAGUCGUCUAGAACUGAAGGACUUGCUGCUAGAAACGUGGCUUCAUGGUUAUGUAAGUAUUUUGUAGUUCUGUUUUGGUAAGGCAUACUUGACCACAUAUUAGCUAUACUAAUCUUGGAUUUUACUUAUUUUAGAUUUUGACUGGUGUAGCUUGUCAAUUAGCUGUUGAUGUUAGGGCUUGGGGGAAAAAGGGACCUUAGUACCUUCCAUCCAAUUUUGAGGUAAGCAACAAUUAUGGAAAGCUCUUUACAGUAAGUUUACUUUUUUCUUUCUCCCAAAGUUGAAUAGUGAAUGUGAACUGCUACCCAGGAUUUGGUUGUGAAAAUGGGUUGGACUCCAAAAAAAGCCGUGGAAAAUUAUAAGAACCUAUAUCUUUGCGGCACCUUUGAAUGCACCAAGGUAUGGUGUAAUAAUAUUAGUAAUUUUUCCAGGGUACUAUAUUCUCUUAAUGUUUUGCCCUUUACUGUAUAGUCCAUUCAUUCUUUCGUCAUCAUUUACUUGUUUAUUUAUUUCAGAUAUAUUUGCCAAUGAAUGAUGAGAACCGCCAUUGGUUUCUUAUUGUGGUUUUCAUGGACCGAAAGGUAUUGCAUGUAGUGGACUCUUUGCCUAUUGAUUUGGGUUUGCUGGAAAAUAGUAGGAAAAGACUGCAAGGAAUGGUGGGUGAUCAAACUAUUCCCUUCGUGUAAAUUUAGUAAGUCAAUUUUUUUUUUAAUUUUUGUACUGUAAUAGUUACGUGGUUAAGUUUGUUGUUACAGUUGAAAUUCUUUUACAAGAUGCUUCAAGAAUUUCAAGACAAGCCAUUAACCUAUGAAGUGCCCAAAGUGCAUAUGUUCCAAAUCAUAAGUCCUCCAUACGUUUCUAAGCAAAUUGAUGAGUUAGUAUUUCUGUGAGUAUUUUGAUUAUUUCAUUUCGAUUCACAAUCUUAUUUUCAAUAAUAAAUGCUAUUUGUCCACGUAGCUAUGAGUGCGGGUUUUACGUCUGUCAGUGGAUGUUGCACGGAGAGGCUGAUAAUAAUUCGUAUACGACGGUAUAAUACAAUCCUUUCCUUCUAAAUAUGAUUCCAUCCACGUGAGAUUCUACACUAUCAAAUCGAAAUCAACAUGUUAAGAGUAAUGUUCUAAAUUUGCUGCAGGUUUGUAGUAAUAGAGGUCGACUAUCCUUGGCCAUAAGUUUAGUCAAAGAUCUCUCAAAUACAAGGCGCUCUCAAAUUAUUAAUGAAGCAAGGGCCGUUUA